UGAAAGCAGUUUUGACUUGCAAGAUGGGAAUUGUGAAAGUCAUAGACUCCAUUUGUUCAUAUGCUAUGUAGGAGUUGUAGAUUACUGAACACUUAAUGAACGCUUUUGUGAAGACAGUCUUUCAGCACAACAAUAUGCAGCACCUUUCAAUGCAAUGCACAAUAGUGCAAUAAUGGCAGAUUUUUUGUAUGACCGACAAAGAAAAACAGGAUGUUUUCCUCACCAACACAGACUGAGCUACUUACAACAUAAACGAUGAUGUUGCCUUUAUGUUGGGCACCAUCAUUUCACCUCUAUUUCAAUCAAAUCACUCCAAAAGGAGAACAGUGGAGAUAGAACUGGUUUUCUUCAUCACACGUGUUCUAAGAUGUCAGAGGGAAUCUACAAACUUGACAGGAAUGUAAUUGGCACACACAUUGAUUCCACAACAUAUGCCAAUGUAGGAGACAACAAGCCCAAACCAGGUAGGGUUGUCAGUCAACAUUCAGCUUCAGUGUCUUGUCAGUGGUGGAGAAGACCUUCUGGAGUUGCUGCAUUGUGUCUGGGACUGCUGUGUCUUCUGCUACUGGCUGGGAUCAUAGGACUGUUUGUCUACUAUGGAGACAUUGGACAUCAAUACUUCACAGAACGAGACAAACUACAGAAAGAGAGAGACAUCUUUCAGAAGUUACUUGUGACAAGUCUUAAUGGAUGUAAAGUGUUUGGUAACAGCAUCUAUUACGUCUCCACUGAGCAAAAUACCUGGGAAUAUGCCGGCCAGGACUGUCGGAGGAGAGGGGCACAGCUAGUCAUCAUAAACAAUCAAGAGGAACAGAGAUUCCUCAAUGCAUUAAACAUACAAACUUGGAUCGGUCUGUCUGACAUAGAGACUGAGGGGACCUGGAGAUGGGUGGAUGGCACAAAUCUGACUACAGCGUACUGGGGAGGAGGAGAGCCUAAUAAUCUUGAUGAAGGGGAGGACUGUGCCGUGAUUUAUCAUGAUUUUACUGAUCCUGUAAAGAAAUGGAAUGACACUCCAUGUACCAGAAAACUUAACUGGAUUUGUGAAAAAGUCAUUGAUUAACAAUACCUUGUUAUCUACAGUACAAUCAGAAUGCAUAAAGGCUGUACACAAAUAAUAAACAAUAUGACAUUAAGCAAAAAUGAAUUUCCAAAUGUACUUACAGCCAUAUGUUUCACAAGGACUAUGAUGAAUGUACUAAAAACCCCAGUCUUUCCUUUUCUUUCUCCUACUCUCUCCUUUUCAAUUCAACUUCAAUUCAAUUGCUUUAUUGGCAGGAAAAACAUUACGCAAGUAUUGCCAAAGCAUCAAUAUAAUAUGCAUUGAUCUAAAAUAAACCGAUACACUUUUGUGAGAUACUAAAAAAAAUAUGCCAGAGAAGAAAUAAGAAUUAUAGAUUAUAGCUCUCUUUCUUUCACUGACAUUUGUAUACUGUGUGUCAUGGUGCGGUGAGCAGCAGCGCCACCGUGCCAUAUAUUC